AUGGCUAAAAAAACAAAUUUUUUUGUGGCUUUUGUCUAUGGUUUUAAUGAUGAGGUUGGGAGAAGAGACUUAUGGGGGGAUGAAAGAAUAGGCAGCAAUGUCAGGUGUAAAAACUCUUCGGAAUUUUGGGAUUAUGUUAAUGAGUGCCACCUUAAAGAUGUGAAAUAUCCUGGAAAUUUUUAUACAUGGUGUAAUAAGCAGAUUGGAGAUGAGAGGAUUUAUUCUAAAAUAGAUAGGGUUCUUGCAAAUCCAACUUGGCUUAACUUGCAUCAUACAGCUGAAGUUAUCUUUCAAAAUGAAGGCCUAUUUGACCACUCCCUAGCUGUGUUAACAAUCUUCACAUCUCCUCCUGGAGGAAAGAAACCUUUUCGAUAUUCCAGGAUGUGGUCCUCUCAUCCUGUGUAUAGGAGGUUGGUUCAAAGCAGAUGGCAGGAAAUUGAUAAUGGCACUAAAAUGUAUCAGGUGGUCUCCAAACUGAAAGGUCUGAAGCCACUAUUAAAGCAGUUAAAUAAGCAAUUUUUUUUUUUCGAUUUACCUGCUGCUAAUGCUAAGGCUAAGGAGGAUUUGGAUGCUUGUCAAUCUAAGCUGCAUCAAAACCCUUUGAACAAUGAACUACAGAGCAUCAAAGUUGCUGCAAGAAAGGAAUAUGCUACUAUCCAAGCAGCAUAUAUUUCUUUUCUACAACAGAAAGCAAAGUUACUCUAG